UAUCGAUACAGCCGUGGUCACACUGUGCUCUAGUGUAAAUACAUUCCAUUUUUUAAACAUUAAUUUUUUUUCGUUGCGCCCGGUUGUGUCUUUGCCGUACGUGUGUGUGUUGCAACAAAGAGAAAAAGAGAAAAAGCUCGACUUGGAUGCUAUUUUCAUUAGUGUGAAAAUUGUGCAAGAUCCAAGAGCAGACGGUGAAGGAGAGGGGUAACAUUCCAGACACCCGCAAUUUCAGCCACAAAUACAACUAAAGGCACACGCACGCGAAGACACAUAGCGAGAAAGAGAGUGAGAGAGAGAGCAGCUCGAAAAUGCGGCGGCAGUCAACGAUGCUGGCCGCGAUAUUGCUAGCUGCCAUUUUGGGCAGUGCAACGGCAAGAACCAACUCCCCGCCACGGAUCAUCAAGCAGCCGGCACCCGGCGAGCUCCUCUUCAAGGUGGCGCAGCAAAAUAAGGAGAGCGACAAUCCAUUUAUUAUCGAGUGCGAGGCCGAUGGACAGCCCGAACCAGAAUACUCUUGGAUAAAGAACGGCAAGAAGUUCGAUUGGCAGGCAUACGAUGACCGAAUGCUGCGGCAGCCGGGACGCGGCACCUUGGUGAUCACCUCGCCGAAGGACGAGGAUCGUGGCCACUAUCAGUGCUUUGCGUCGAAUGAGUUUGGAACGGCCACCUCGAACUCGGUGUACGUGCGAAAGGCGGAGCUGAAUGCGUUCAAGGAUGAGGCGGCCAAGACCGUGGUGGCGGUGGAGGGCGAGCCCUUCAUGCUGAAGUGUGCGGCACCUGACGGCUUCCCCAGUCCGACGGUCAACUGGAUGAUGCAGCAGUCGGUCGACGGCAGCAUCAAGUCGAUCAACAACUCGCGCAUGACCCUCGAUCCGGAGGGCAACCUCUGGUUCUCGAACGUGACCCGCGACGAUGCCAGCGACGACUUCUACUAUGCCUGCUCGGCCACCUCGGUGUUCCGCAGCGAGUACAAGAUCGGCAACAAGGUGCUGCUGGACGUGAAGCAGAUGGGCGUCAGCGCGUCCCAGAACAAGCAUCAGCCCAUCAAGCAGUAUGUGUCGCGGCGCCAGUCGCUGGCGCUGCGCGGCAAGCGCAUGGAGCUGUUCUGCAUCUACGGCGGCACGCCGCUGCCCCAGACCGUGUGGAGCAAGGACGGACACAGGAUACAGUGGAGCGAUCGCAUAACGCAGGGCCACUACGGCAAGUCGCUGAUCAUACGGCAGACGAACUUUGACGACAACGGCACCUACACCUGCGACGUGUCCAACGGCGUGGGCAACGCCCAGUCCUUCUCGAUCAUUCUGGAGGUGAACGCCAUACCGUACUUCACCGUGGAGCCCGACUUCAAGACAGCCGCCGAGGACGAGGAGGUGGUGUUCCAGUGCGAGGCCGCCGGCUUCCCCGAGCCCAAGAUCAGCUGGAUCCACAACGGCAAGCCCAUCGAGCAGAGCACGCCCAAUCCACGGCGCACCGUCACCGACAACACCAUUCGCAUCGUGAACCUGGUGAAGAGCGACACGGGCAAUUAUGGCUGCAACGCCACCAACUCCCUGGGCUACGUCUACAAGGAUGUCUUCCUCAAUGUGCAGGCCCUGCCCCCAGAGAUCGAGGAGCCGCCGACCGCUCUCGCCACCGUUGACGGACGCAACGUGACCCUGCGCUGCCGCGUGACAGGUGCCCCCAAGCCGCAGGUCCGGUGGCUGCGCGCCACCAACUGGCUGACCGGAGGACGCUACAUCGUGCAGGGCAACGGCGACCUGCAGAUCCUGGACGUCACCUUCUCGGACGCCGGACAGUACACGUGCUAUGCGGAGAACAAAUUCGGCAACAAGUCGGCCGAGGGCUCGCUGGCGGUGAUGGAGCACACGCGGAUCACGCAGGAGCCGCAGAACUACGAGGUGGCCGCCGGACAGUCGGCAACGUUCCGCUGCAAUGAGGCGCACGAUGGGAACCUGGAGAUCGAGAUCGACUGGUGGAAGGACGGGCAGCCCAUCGACUUCGAGGCACAGCCGCGCUUCGUGAAGACCAACGACAACAGCCUGACAAUUGCCAAGACCAUGGAGCUGGACUCGGGCGAGUACACGUGUGUGGCACGCACCCGACUGGACGAGGCCGCGGCCAAGGCGAAUCUGAUCGUGCAGGAUGUGCCGAAUGCGCCCAAGCUGACGGGCAUCACCUGCCAGGCGGACAAGGCGGAGAUUAUGUGGGAGCCGCAGGGCGACAACCGUUCGCCCAUUCUCCACUACACGAUCCAGUUCAACACCUCCUUCACGCCCGCCUCCUGGGACACGGCCUUCGAGAAGGUGCCCAACACGGACUUCUCCUUCGUCGUGCAGAUGUCUCCCUGGGCCAACUACACGUUCCGCGUGAUUGCCUUCAACAAGAUCGGCGCCUCGCAGCCGUCCGCGCACAGCGACUCCUGCACCACGCAGCCGGAUGUGCCGUUCAAGAACCCGGACAACGUGGUCGGCCAGGGCACGGAGCCAAACAACCUGGUCAUCUCGUGGACACCCAUGCCAGAGAUCGAGCACAAUGCGCCCAAGUUCCAGUAUCGCGUCAGCUGGAAGCGCGACAUUCCCGCCGCCGCCUGGGAGAACAAGGACAUCAACGAGUGGCACCAGAACAACAUCGUGAUCACCGAUCAGCCGACCUUUGUCAAGUACCACAUCAAGGUGGUGGCCAUCAACGAGCGUGGCGAGUCGAACACCGCCGCUGAGCAGGUGAUUGGCUACUCGGGCGAGGAUCGUCCGCUGGACGCGCCGACCAACUUUACGAUGCGACAAAUAACGACGGCGACGAGCGCCUAUCUGGCCUGGACACCCGUCAGCGAGGAGUCUGUGCGCGGGCACUUCAAGGGCUACAAGAUCCAGACCUGGACCGAGAACGAGGGCGAGGAGGGGCUGCGCGAGAUACACGUCAAGGGCGACACGGACACGGCCCUGGUCACGCAGUUCAAGCCGGACUCGAAGAACUUUGCUCGCAUUUUGGCCUACAACGGACGCUUCAAUGGUCCGCCCAGUGCGAUCAUCGACUUCGAUACGCCCGAGGGUGUGCCCUCGCCGGUGCAGUCCCUGGAUGCCCAUCCGCUGGGCUCCUCCGCUUUCUGGGUCACCUGGAAGAAGCCACUGCAUCCCAAUGGCAAGCUGACCGGCUACAAGAUCUACUACGAGGAGGUCCAAGGCAGCUUUGUCGGCGAGCGGCGCGAGUACGAUCCCCACAUCACCGAUCCGAGAAUUACGCGCAUGAAGAUGGCUGGCCUGAAGCCCAAGACCAAGUACCGCAUCUCCAUCACGGCCACCACCAAGAUGGGCGAAGGCACUGAGCACUACAUCGAGAAGAGCACUCUGGGCGACAGCAAUCUGGCGCCGGCCACGCCCAGCUUCGCUUGGGAGCAGCUGCCAUCGGACAAUGGCCAGGCCAAGUUCCGCAUCAACUGGCAGCCGAGCACCGAGGGACACGCGGGCACUCACUUCUUCACCAAGUACAGGGUCAAGGGUGAGACGCAGUGGUCCAAUGCAAAGGAGGAGAAAAUGACUGACUAUCAGGAGGUAGCCGGGCUCGAUCCGGAGACCGCGUACGAGUUCCGUGUGGUGUCCGUUGAUGGCCAUUACUACACGGAGAGUGCCACGCAGGAGAUAGACACGAAUAGCGUUGAGGGGCCCAUUAUGGUGCCCAACGAGACGGUGGCCAAUGCCGGCUGGUUCAUUGGCAUGAUGCUGGCCCUGGCCUUCAUCAUCAUCCUGUUCAUAAUCAUCUGCAUCAUUCGUCGCAAUCGUGGCGGCAAGUACGAUGUUCACGACCGGGAGCUGGCCAACGGAAGGCGCGACUAUCCCGACGAAGGAGGUUUCCACGAGUACUCGCAACCUUUGGAUAACAAGAGCGCUGGUCGCCAAUCCGUGAGUUCAGCGAACAAGCCCGGCGUGGAGAGCGAUACCGAUUCAAUGGCCGAAUACGGCGAUGGCGAUACAGGCAUGAAUGAAGACGGAUCCUUUAUCGGCCAAUAUGGACGCAAGGGGCUUUGAUUUAAUUUGUAAGCAGCGGCGCCACCCCAUCAGCACGGCAGCUAAGCCCAAACCGAAACCCAAACGAGUCCGAAACCCACCUUCAAACACCACCCACACACACUACACACUACACACACACACACACACACACACACACAAGAAAACAAAGCCCCAAAAAUGAACAAGAUCAGCGCCCAAGAACCACAAUUGAAUGCUAGAGACCGACGACCAUCGCUUCACUUUGAACGAAGUGCAGAAGGGCGUGCAAAUUUAAAUAUAUAUAAAUCGAACUUUUAUAUAUUUUGAUUAAAGUUAACAAAUGUAAAAAGCAAAGCAAAUUCUACUGCCAAACGAAAUGAAGAUGAAAUCAAAAGCAAAAGCAAAAGCAACCGCAACUGGUACGGCGGCAACCACAACAACGACGAUGAUGAUCAAUGCAGCAAAAGGCUAUUUAAAAACAAAAACAUGACAAAGAAGAAAUGGAAGGAGUAGCAGUGGGAGAUACAGAACAAAUCAAAAUCGAAUCGAAACAAAAUCAAAUAGAACGAAAGAGCAGAGCAGCAAUAUACCGAACCCAUAAAUUGGCCCAAAAGGAGCGCUCUCGAGGGACAUUGAGGUAGAGUGCGAGAGCGAGAGAAAGCAAUCAAAAGAAUUCUAAAAAUAUUCGAAUCCGAGGCCACCGAUUAAACUCACUUUUUUGUAUUUAAUUCGGUCUUUGCACCCGUCCCUGCCCCUGCCCCUGACCCUGCUCUCGUUGGGCAUCUCUUCCUGUUCCACUGUGUCCCAUGCACUCACCGUAUGCAACUGUAUAUCUAUGUCUCGCUCUCUUACAUGUAAUGCAUAUAUAUAUAAAUAUAAAGCGUAAAUAAGUUUUAAUUUAAUAUUUUUUUAUACGAUAAACGGUAAAUGUAAAAUCUCCGUUUAGCUCCCUCCUUGAGACCACAACAAAAACAAAACAAAAACAGAAGCAAAAACAAAAA